UGUUCCUCCUGCAAAGCAGCAGGAAUGCAGGAGGAUUUAUUACAAGCCGUCUUUGUUACGGGACCGCAUCGUUUUAUCCUUAUAUUUUUGCAAUAGAAAAUAGAAAAUAGAAAGCAAUAACCGGCCCUGACCCAAACGGCCAAACCCCGGGCGGCGGAGGCCGAUCGACGUCGACGAAAGCAGGCGCGGAGGCUCCGACCUCGCCUCUAGAUUUGCAAUGCUAGAGCGGGUGUUCGGCCUUGCGAGCAAAGCAUGGAAGCGAACGCCGCAUAUGUCCGCCGCUCCCACAUGCCACCGCAGCUUCGUCGCCUCCACAGCAGGCCGUCGGAACCGGAAAAGUUCCCCGAAGAACUGCACCCGCUUCAAAAUAAUAGCGGAGGAGCUCCGCCAAUGCUGAACCGGAGCCGGAGCAAGCAGACUAAUAAUAUCAACAUGGAGAAUUCAGCGUUUGCUUCCGUCGAUUCUAAUAGGGAUACAGUUGACGUGUGUUUUGAUCAGAGGUUUGCAACACUGAAGAGCAUUGGGGAGGAUCGUGUCAACGACCUUGAGCUCAAGUUACUGCUAAAGAAGAAACUGGCCCCCAUUUGUUAUGUUUGGUGUGAUCCCUCCCCCUGGAUGCACAUUUCUCAGGGGAUCAUGAAGACACUCAGUAUUAACAAAAUGGUUAAAUCUGGUUUCAAAGUUAAAAUCCUAAUGGCAGACUGGUUUGCCCAGAUGAACAGUGAGAUUGGUGGUAAUCUAAAUAAGAUGCGGACUAUUGGCAGGUACAAUAUUGAGAUGUGGAAAGCAACUGGCAUGGCUCUUGAUGAAGUUGAGCUAGUCUGGUUGUCAGAUGAAAUAAGUCAACAUGGCGAUGAAUACUGGCCACUUGUCAUGGAUAUUGCAAGGAAGAAUAGUGUGCGUAGAAUUAGAAGGCAGACAUAUGGCUGUUGGGAAUGGAUCAGCAUGAUGUCAACUUAUUAGCUAAACAAUAUUGUAAACAUAUCAAAAGGAAGUGCAUGCCAAUUGCUGUUUUGCACAGUAUCUUUACACUUUUUUAUUGUUCCAAUUCAUUAUGUAUGCUUGUACU